AUCCGGGUGAAGGUUAAUCAGUCAAAGAAAGAUGGCUGCCCCCUUGGAGUUGUACUGCUGGAAAGGUGAUUGGGGCUUACCCUCUGUUGAUACAGACUGUCUAACCGUUCUGGUAAGAAAUACAAUAGCUGAUUACAAUACGUAAAUUAUAGGGUCCACCGUUACUGUCGUCGCAUAAAUAAUUUCCCUUCGACAAUAAGGCAGCAGAGCGGGUGAGACUGAGGUGACCUAGCUAGCUAGCUAACGGUUAACUCCGCUUUGAUGAAUGAAUGGAAUGCACACUCAUGUUAGCUAGCUAGCUAACUAACGUCACAUCUUGUGUUACUGACAACUUGACAUGCAUUGAACCAACAAGCCCCGGCUGGUCAAUAUGGGAGUCACGUUCCCAUUAUGUUAGCUCAGCUGUAACAUUUAGAGCAAAUCCAGUAAAACAUACUCUUAUUAUUUAGCCAGGUAAGUUCACUAGUUUAGAUAUGCAACCUUGUCAGGAAGCUCUGUCAUUACAAUUCUGGUUUAUCAGCCAAUUUCAGGUUCCUGGUUGCUUACUUUUGAUACAAGUAAAGUGUGACACGACUAAAACGGCCUACGACUCAAUAUUGUGUUGAGAAUUUCCAGUGCUGAAUUUGAUGACAGUUUGAACUAGCUAACGUUACAUGUUUUGGUAUUAGCUAAAGCUAAGGAAUGAGUAAUGGCCUAAAUUGUCAAACGUUAAAAGCUUGCCAUUCUGUUUUGCUAAACUGUCUUUGCUCUGACACCAAUUUCAUCAUUUGCCCACUGAAAAAAUAAAGUGGUAGGCCCAAAAUAAAGUAGUAAUUUAUAGUAACUUUUUUAUUCAUAAAGUCCACUGCAAUGUCCAGUCCACAAUAAGCAUUCAUUUGUGAAGUGAAACAUUUACAUUAUUUACAAUGGUAAUAACUUUCAGUUUAGAUUAAUUUACUACUUCUAACUAAACAUACAAUUCUCUGAGGUCAUACACCCAAAUAUGUAUGGACAGAUUAAACACUAGGCUAAGCUAUUUCAUUACUUUAAUUACCAGAUGGUGUUUGAGAUCAUUGAAGGGGUUAGGCUAGUGUUUGCUUUGUAUUCGGCAUAGGGUAAUUAAUAUGGAGGCUCAUUCCUCGAGUGAACAUCAGAGGGCUGUUAACAUAGAGAUCCUAUUACAUUAUUAUAAUUCCUAAUUCUAUGGCAGACUUCAUUUAACUAACACACCAUUAAUGCUGAUGUCAUUGUGAAUGGUGGUGACUGGAAAGGGAUCAGCUCUCACUUUAGCCCCCAUUUGUUGGUGUUAUAGGGAAUUGUUUUGGACCCUGGCUGGCCUGUUAUUACUUGUCUUUGUUUUCAUUUACCCGGCAUGGAUUAUUUCACUGUCCAGUGCAGCUGUCUAAACAUCAUGCAACCAUCAUCAUCGCCACCACAACCCAACUAGCAGAGUUCUAAGAAACUCGAGAAUAGCCAAGAAAGGGGAAGAAAACUUAAAUAAGCACAAAAACUCUUCCCCCUGUAUAAUUUACAAAAAGUUGUUUCCUGUGGAAAGAUGCCCCGUCACACCCCCCCCCCCCAACCCAAUGUCAAAGGGUAAAAGUCCUUACUGGAGUUAUCUUGAUAACAUGCCCCACCCCUACUUGAUUGUCAUGGCACCAGUGCAUACACUAUAUAUACAAAAGAAUGUGGACCCCCCUUCAAAUUAGUGGAUUCGGCUAUUUCAGCCACACCCAUUGCUGACAGGUCUAUAAAAUCGAGCACACAGCCAUGCAAUCUCCAUAGACAAACAUUGGCAGUAGAAUGGCCUUACUGAAGAGCUCAGUGACUUUCAACGUGGCAUGGUCAUAGGAUGACACCUUUCCAACAAGUCAGUUCGUCAAAUUUCUGCCCUGCUAGAGCUGCCCCAGUAACUGUAAGUGCUGUUAUUGUGAAGUGGAAAUGUCUAGGAGCAACAAUGGCUCAGCCGCAAAGUGGUAGGCCACACAAGCUCACAGAACAGGCGAGUGCUGAAGCGCGUAGCGCGUAAAAAUUCUGUCCCCGAUUGCAACACUCACUACCGAGUUCCAAACUGCCUCUGGAAGCAACGUCCGCACAAUAACUGUUUGUCUGGAGCUUUAUGAAAUGGGUUUCUAUGGCCAAGCAGCGCACACAAGCCUAAAAUCACCAUGCGCAAUGCCAAGCGUCGGCUGGAGUGGCGUAAAGCUCGCCGCCAUUUGACUCUGGAGCAGUGGAAACGAGUUCUCUGGAGUGAUGAAUCACGCUUCACCAUCUGGCGGUCUGACGGACAAAUCUGGGUUUAGCGGAUUCCAGGAGAACGCUAUCUGCCCCAAUGUAUAGUGCCAACUGUGGAAGAACUUGACUGGCCUGCAUAGAACCCUUACCUCAACCCCAUCAAAUACCUUUGGGAUGAAUUGGAACACCGUCUACGAGCAAGGCCUAAUCGCCCAGCAUCAGUGCCCGACCUCACUAAUGCUCUUGUGGCUGAAUGGAAGCAAGUCCCUGCAACAAUGUUCCAACAUCUGUUAUAGCAGCAAAGAUGGGGACCAGCUCCAUAUUAAUGCCCAUGAUUUUUGAAUAAGAUGUUCGACGAGCAGGUGUCCACAUACUUUUGGUCAUGUAGUGUAAGUUCCAACAAAAGAUUGUAGACAUGAUUGGGAGCCACAAGGAAAUAUCCUGCUGACCGACAAAGGCCUCUCUCAAUUACUGUGGCUCCCUCCCUGGUCUGUAUUUUUUUUUUGUCAAGCUUUCUCAACUUACAUGAUUUGCACUGCACAAUACUACCAGGCUAUUCCUUUAAAGCUCCAAUGCAGUCUAUACAGCACAGACCAUAGACGACUACCUCAUCUCGCUCCCCAUCUCAGGCAGCUAUGUUAUUAUCGACAGUAGUUCAAACCAUGUUAAUGAACAAUGUUCAUUCCGCAGCGUCUGACCUUAACGCUUCUUUCGUGUCCCUCGAGCCAGACACACUUCAGCUGGCAAACCCAAAUAGCAUUUAUUUAUUUUUUGCAGGAAAGGGGAUUUAAAAGUGUCUGGCAAAUCCCACAGUGGGAAGGAAACACUCCCAUUUAUUUUUCAUGUGGCAGGGAAAAAGUUAAUGGUUUUCAUUCUUGUCUGCAACAAAGUGGGGUCUCCCAUUACUAAACCCACACCCGAGGGGGAUGAGGGUGGGGUUAUGGUUUCUAACGCAUGGUACAAUGUCCUGAGCCCUCUCUAUUAUUAUAACUACAGUCACACACAGAGGCCAUGUGGGAGGGGUAAAGGUGAUUUUCUUGUAUACACAUCCAUCUGUCUGAGUACCAAGGUUCUGGUCUAACUGCUGUCUUCAUUCUGAGAUCUUGAAGUGGUCUAAUAGCCAUUUCACAAGCCGAGAUGAACUGUUCUGUGCUGACCUGGUUACGCAUAGGCUAGUUGCUGGAACCAUGCUAGAAAGUACGAUGUAGGGUCAAAGACAAAUAUCCAAGCCAGACCAGCACAGUUCGGGUCAGCACGAUAGUGCCAAAAGGGUAGGCUAUGAUCAUUGAGCUACUCAAAGAGAGAUGAGAGCUCCAUAGGCCCAAACAGUCUAAAUUCAGACAUUGGGGAAUCUACUGUUUAGUUACUGUACUGACAUGCUGAGAAAGUGACAUGUGGACUACAUCACACUCAGAUUGAGGGAGGGUGGAAUGUUCUGCUUAGCUGCUCUAAAGCUACACAGCAGCCACUGUGGGGUUGGAGGCCACUUGGCAGUGUUAUACGAUCUGCCAUGACAAGGCAGACAGGGAAUUAUUUUUUCAGGCCACAGAAUGAGCAACCUCAUUCAGGUUUCACUUAAGAUAUUUUCCUAAGUCAUCAGCCAUUUUCUAAAGCUGUGUCAGCGUUGUCCUGCUCCAGUUCUUGUGUAUGCAGUUGGAAGAAGGUUACCAUGCUUUUUUCCCCUAGUGAACCCACACAUACUAGGUUGGUUUAACUUAAAGUUGAGAUAAAUGGACAAAUUUGGACUCAUGCUCUGUCAGCAUAAUGCAAGUGAUAUGCCCUUAAGGGUUUCGGAGCGCUGUAAGCUAUACCUCGUAAAGGCGGGAUAAUCCUGGAUAUUCUUGCCUUUUGAGUUUUCCUAAUAAGAUCUCUCGGUCUUUGAAGGAGCCGUUGGGUUGUUUUAACACUCACUGACUUUUCAAGAAGGUAAUGAGUGAUAUAAUCUGGUAUUUUGGCAGGAAAAGAGUCAUGCACCUCUCUUCAGUUCCAAAGACAUGUAAUUUCCUUCAGUGCGAUCUGGAAGAUGUGGUGGUCUUCUUGCUUGAUUAGUUUCUCUGUGGUGAAAGAGGCAUCUCGCUGUCAUUAAGUAGAAGGCACCAAAGUAAUCCAUAAGACUCCACUAUUGUGGUCCUGUAUGUAAAAUGUAUGCACGCAUUACUGUAAGUUGCUUUGGAUAAAAGCGUCUGCUAAAUGGCAUUUAUUAUAUAUUAUAUGGUGUCAUGAAACCUUUAUUGGAAACUGUUUGCUCAUCUGUUUCUCUAUCUUUCUUUCUCUCAGGCCUAUGCCAAGUUUGCUGGUGCUCCACUCAAAGUCCACAAGAUCACCAACCCCUGGAGAAGCCCCACAGGUAAUUCCAACCCAGGGCACUGCUAUGUUCUGUUCUGACAUAGGUACUCACUAUUGAUGGGGGGAAAAAAACAUUGUUGUAUAAUUUUUUUGCUAGGUAGCUUGGCUAGCGCUAGUCGCCAGUACCUGCGCCAAAACUCCGGUAUUUUUAAUCCUUUUCAGCUUGUUCUCCAUCUUCUUUUUAAAUAGUGAGCCAACAAGUUUUCAGUGCUUUUAUUUCCAAGACUGAUCAAAAGUAAUUUUCUUGUGCUAUCUUGUCUCUUUGCAGCAGACAUACACUGAGUGUACAAAACAUUAGGAACACCUGCUCUUUCCAUGACAGACUGACCAGGUGAUUCUAUGAUCCCUUAUUGAUGUCACUUGUUAAGUCCACUUCAAUCAGUCUAGAUCAGGGGUGUCAAACUCAUUUUAGCUCAGGGGCCACAUGGAGGAAAAUCUAUUCCCAAGUGGGCCGGACCGGAAAAAUCAUGGUAUAUAUAACUUAAAACAACAACUUCAGAUUGUUUUCUUUGUUUUAAUACGAUCAACAUACAACAUAAAGCUGGAACAUGAGGACAGUGUGUCCAAAAUAGUACAAGCACAACAUCACUAUUAAUCAUAAAACACGUCAAGUUUAUUUGAAAAUUCUAAAGAAAAAGAACACACAAACACACAAUGCCUCAGUGAUUAACAGAACUGGGCGGCAGGUAGCUUAGUGGGUAAGAGCGUUGUGCCAGUAACCGAAAGGUCGCUGGUUCUUGUCGAUGUGCCCUUGAGCAAGGCACUUAACCCUAAUUGCUCCUGUAAGUCGCUCUGGAUAAGAGCGUCUGCUAAAUGACUAAAAUGUAAAUGUAAAUGUAAACUGUUUCACAGAUCACAGAACUAUAUCAGGGUGUCAUUUCUCAGGCAGAAAUGUAGAUAAAAAUAAUGAAAUCAUGUUCCCCAAACAAGUGCAAGAACCACAGAGUCAAGAAUAGGUUAAAUAUACAAAUAAAAUAAAAACAAUUAAAAACAAUAGCACAUCAACAUAAAAACAUAUAAACAUAAAGCUGGAGCCUGAGGACAGUGUCCAAAAGUACAACAUCACUAUUAAUCAUAAAACACCUCAAGUUAUUUGAAAGUUCUGAGGACAAAGAACACACAAACACACAAUGCCUCAGUGAUUCACAGAAGUAUAUCACAGAUCACAGAACUAUAUCAGGGUGUCAUUUCUCAGGCAGAAAUGUAGAUAAAAAGAAUGAAAUCCUGUUCCCCAAACAAGUGCAAGAACCACAGAGUCAAGAAUAGGUUAAAUAUACAAAUAAAAUCAAUUAAAAACAAUAGCACAUCAACAUAAAAACAUAAACAUAAAUCUGAAAGCGUUGCUCAAACUCCCGUAACAGUCCCGUUAUUUUAUCUUUGAACCGCUUCAUGUCUGCCACAUGUUGGGUCGCGCACACAUUUUUCAAACAGGGGAAGUGAGCUGCAUCUCCACCGGCAAGUUGCGUCUCCCACAAUGACAGCUUCAACUUGAAAGAACGUAUGCUGUCAUAAUACUGCGUGACAACUUUGUUGCGCCGUUGCAGCUGUUUGUUCAAGUUAUUCAGGUGCUCUGUAACAUCCACCAUAAAUGCAAGGUCCUGCAUCCAUUCUGCGGAAUGAAAUUCUAACACUGGUUUGCCCUUUUCUUCCAUGAACUGUUCAAUUUCUUCUCGUAAAUCAAAGAAACGCCUCAGCACAGCACCUCGGCUUAACCAUCUUACCUCAGUGUGGUAUGGCAGGCCAUAGAUGUGGUCUUUCUCUCUGAGAAGGCUGUCAAACUGACGGUGAUUCAGGCUUCUGGAUCGGAUGAAAUUAACAGUUUGGAUGACCACCUUCAUGACGUUAUCCAUCUUUAAUGACUUGCAACACAAAGCCUCCUGGUGCAAAAUACAGUGAAAAGUCAAAAAAUCACGUCCUCCAUUUGCAGAUUGCACUUUCUCUCUGAACUUUGUCACAACGCCUGCUUUUUUCCCGAUCAUUGAGGGCGCACCAUCUGUAGCCAGGCUGACAGCGCGGGACCAGUCCACUCCGACCCUGUCCAGCGCGCCGACGAGUGCGGUAAAAAUAUCAGCUGCUGUCGUUGUAUCUGUCAUCGGCACCAACUCCACGAACUCCUCGGUGACGGUCAAUGUGUCAUCAACUCCGCGGAUGAAAAUGGCCAGUUGUGCAACAUCUGUAAUGUCCGUGCUUUCAUCAAUUGCAACCCGAAAACGCAAUAAAUGACUUUACUUUUUGCUUCAACUGGCUGUCCAAAUCCACUGAAAGAUCGGAAAUCCUGUCUGCAACUGUGUUUCUUGUCAGGCUGAUAUUUGCAAAAGCCUGCCGCUUUUCAGGGCACACAAUCUCCGCUGCCUUCAUCAUGCAUGUUUUUACAAAUUCACCCUCACUAAAUGGUUUUGAAGCCACUGCGAUUUCAUUAGCAAUGAGGUAGCUAGCUUUCACUGCAGCGUCACUGAUGUCUCGGCUGUGAGUAAACACAGACUGCUGUUUCUUCAGACCCGCCAACAGUUCAUUCACCUUCUCUCAUCUCCGCUGUCCUUGAAAGUUGUCAUAUUUGUCGGCAUGAAGACUCACAUAGUGGCGACAAAGGUUAUAUUCUUUCAGCACUGCAACAUGCUCUGAACACACCAAACAUACAGCUUUCCCAUUCAAUUCCGUGAAUAAAUAGGAUGACCAUUUUUCUUGGAACACUCUGCACUCUGCGUCCACUUUUCUCUUUUUUGACAGAGACAUAUUGGGGCAAUGAGGGUGCCAAAGCACAUAAUGUUAAAAGUAGAAGCUGUAAUAAAUAUCGCGGGCAAAACAAAGUAGUUCAUUGGCUGCAUGUGCUUGACCUACUUGCUCUGCCCCGGUAUAAACAGUUUGCUUGCUUAACACAAUUGCUAUUGCGCCAUCCAGUGGACGCAAUUGGAACAGCAGUUUAUUUUAUUGAAAAAUUGCAGCGCAUUUUUAUACUUUACAAAAAAAAAAUAUAUAUAUAUUUUUUUUUUUUCAAAAUCAUCUCGCGGGCCGGAUUAAACCCGUUUGCGGGCCUGAUCCGGCCCGCGGGCCGUACGUUUGACACCCCUGGUCUAGAUGAAGGGGAAGAGACAGGUUAAAGAAGGAUUUUUAAGCCUUGAGACAAUUGAGACGUGGAUUGUAGCUCAGUUGGUAGAGCAUGGUGUUUGCAACGCCAGGGUUGUGGGUUCGAUAAAAUAAUGUAUGCGCUGUAAGUCGCUCUGGAUAAGAGCGUCUGCUAAAUGACUAAAAUGUAAAUGUGUAUGUGUGCCAUUCAGAGGGUGAAUGGGAAAGACAAAAUAUUUAAGUGCCUUUGAACGGGGUGUGGUAGUAAGUGCCAGGCACACCAGUUUUAGUGUGUCAAUAACUGCAAUGCUGCUGUUUUUCACGCUUUCGUUUCCCAUGUGUAUCAAGAAUGGUCCACCACCCAAAGGACUCCAGCCAACUUGACACAACUGUGGGAAGUAUUGGAUUCAACAUGGGCCAGCAUCCCUGUGGAACGCUUUCGACACCUUGUAGAGUUCAUGCCCUGACGAAUUGAGGCUGUUCUGAGGGCAAAAGGGGAUGCAACUCCCCCCCCCCCCCCCCCCCCCCCCCCCUACACACACAGCGGAGUCGCUCACCACCUUCCGGAGACAUUUGAAACCCCACCUCUUUAAGGAAUACCUGGGAUAGGAUAAAGUAAUCCUUCUACCCCCCCCCCCCCCCCCAAAAAAAAAUAUAAAUAAUAAUAAUUGUAAAGUGGUUAUCCCACUGGCUAUAGGGUGAAUGCAUCAAUUUGUGAGUCGCUCUGGACUAGAGCGUCUGCUAAAUGACGUAAAUGUGCCCUUGAGCAAGGCACUUAACCCUAAUUGCUCCUGUAAGUCGCUCUGGAUAAGAGCGUCUGCUAAAUGACUAAAAUGUAGAUAUGUAAAAAUUAUGAAGGUGUUCCUAAUGUUUUGUACGCUCAGUGUAUAAUGUGCAAUAUGUUUGGAACAUCAAAUCGCAAUCGAAUCACAAUACAUAUCAAAUUGGGAGAAUUGCAAUUCAUAUCUAAUCGGCACCUAAUUGUCGUGAUAAUAUCGUAUUGAGGUCCCUGGCAAUUCCCAGCCCUAGUACUCACCAUGCCUUUUUGGGAAUGAACUUGCCCUCGGUGAACCCGAUUUGACACUCUUCCGUGUAAAGGGGAAGAAGAAGAAGAAGAAGAGGAAAUUCCCCCCUUAGUAAAGGGUCAAAGGUCAUACGGUCACAGGGUCACACAUUACCUGACUCUCUGAGGAGAACAUAGCCUUACUUUACCGUCUGCGUUCACUCACCCUUAGGAACAAAGAGAGCGAUGGUUUGAUAUAUGAGGACAGGAAGCUCUCACUUUCCCCCUCUUCUCACUGGAGUAGAACAGGGGUCACAGGUCGUGGGUUAACAGUCAAAAGGUCAGCGAGCACCUGACGUUAUUAUAUCUCCCAGUACCACCACCUUUGUGUGCCAGCCCAUUUUUGCUACACCCUCCUGUCUUCUUCACACCACAGGGGGGUUCAGACAACUCUGCGGUCGUUAUGGUUACGGUCCGGAUUGUUGUUCUUUGCAAUCCCACUGUGCAUCUCAGAAGAUUGCUAUAUCAUAUUAAUGUGGUUCCUGAGAUGUUAAACACUUUUCCAGACGUUGUGAGUGAGGUCUGGUAAUCUGCGCAGCACGAUUGCAAUAAAGACGACCUUGAAAGCGCCCUUUAGGCUGACUGUUCUGCUCCCUCGUUUCAGGUACGUUGCCGUCACUGAAGACCACGGAGGAAAGUACUGGUAGUCUUUCCAAACCCAGUAAUAUCAUCAUUCACCUUAGAAAACAGGUGAGUCCUGUUCCCACAUCUCUUCCCUUUCCCACAGGGGAGAUUAAUAGUAAACAGGUGAAAGACAACCUCCCCCUCCACCCCCCCAUCCUUUUUGACAGGGAACAUGUGGGUAACCAUGCUCUGCCAAAUUAUGAGCUGUUCUAUAGGAAACAGAUGUGUGUUAAUGUAACACUAAAUGGUUGAGACAUUCUUAGUAACAAACAGGUGAGUGACAUCCGGAGCCAUUUGUAGAGAUCGCCAUAGUCAGGAACUGAUGUCCAAUGUGUACUGCUUUUGGCCCCAAGGGAUAUUCCCUUGCUUAUACAUUCUGGGCAUGCAGAAUCAAGGCACAAAUUAGUUUCACAAGGGUUUUCUUGAGCUCCAGUGACCACAUGGUAAUCUCUACAAGACAUAAUAAUAAUAUGCCACUUAGCAGACGCUUUUAUCCAAAGCGACUUACAGUCAUGCGUGCAUACAUUUUUGUGUAUGGGUGGUCCCGGGGAUCGAACCCACUACCCUGGCGUUACAAGCGCCGUGCUCUACCAGCUGAGCUACGGAGGACCACAUCUACACUACAUCCACAUCUACACUACUGGUCAAAAGUUGUAGAACACCUACUCAUUGAAGGGUUUUUAUUUAUUUUUACUAUUUUCUACAUUGUAGAAUAAUAGUGAAGACAUCAAAAUUAUGAAAUAACACAUAUGGAAUUAUAUAGUAACCAAAAAAGUGUUAAACAAAUCAAAAUAUAUUUUAUAUUUGAGAUUCCUCAAAAAGCCACCCUUUGCGUUGAUGACAGCUUUACACACUCUUGGCAUUCUCUCAACCAGCUUCACCUGGAAUGCUUUUCCAACAGUCUUGAAGGAGUUCCCACAUAUGCUGAGCACUUGUUGGCUGCUUUUCCUUCACUCUGCGGUCCGACUCAUCCCAAACCAUCUCAAUUUGGUUGACGUUGGGGGAUUGUGGAGGCCAGGUCAUCUGAUGCAGCACUCCAUCACUCUCCUUCUUGGUAAAAUAGCCCUUACACAGCCUGGAGGUGUGUUGGGUCAUUGUCCUGUUGAUAAACAAAUGAUAGUCCCACUAAGCCCAAACCAGAUGGGAUGGAGUAUCGCUGCAGAAUGCUGUGGUAGCCAUGCUGGUUAAGUGUGCCUUGGAUUCGAAAUAAAUCACAGACAAUGUCACCAGCAAAGCACCCCCACACCAUAACACCUCCUCCUCCAUGCUUUACGGUGGGAAAUACACAUGCAGAGAUCAUCCAUUCACCCACACCGUGUCUCACAAAGACACGGCGGUUGGAACCAAAAAUCUCAAAUUUGGACUCCACACCAAAGGACACAUUUCCACCGGUCUAAUGUCCAUUGCUCAUGUUUCUUGGCCCAAGCAAGUCUCUUCUUAUUAUUGGUGUCCUUUAGUAAUGGUUUAGCAAUUUACUCAUGAAGGCCUGAUUCACACAGUCUCCUCUGAACAGUUGAUGUUGAGAUGUGUAUGUUACUUGAACUCUGUGAAGCAUUUAUUUGGGCUGCAAUUUCUGAGGCUGGUAAUUCUAAUGAACUUAUCCUCUGCAGCAGAGGUAACUCUGGGUCUUCCAUUCCAGUGGCGUUCCUCAUGAGAGCCAGUUUCAUCAUAGCACUUGAUGGUUUUUCCAACUGCACUUGAAGAAACUUUCAAAGUUCUUGACAUUUUCUGGAUUGACUGACCUUCAUGUCUUAAAGUAAUUUUGGACUGUUGUUUCUCUUUGCUUAUUUGAGCUGUUCUUGCCAUAAUAUGGACUUGGUCUUUUACCAAAUAGGGCUAUCUUCUGUAUACCCCCGCCUACCUUGUCACAACACAACUGAUUGGCUCAAACGCAUUAAGAAUGAAAGAAAUUCCACAAAUUAACUUUUUAAGAAGGCACACCUGUUAAUUGAUAUGCAUUCCAGGUGACUACCUCAUGAAGCUGGUUGAGAGAAUGCCAAGAGUGUGCAAAGCUGUCAUCAAGGCAAAGGGUGGCUAUUUGAAGAAUCUCAAAUAUAACAUCUAUUUUGAUUUGGUUAACAGUUCUUUGGUUACUACAUGGUUCCGUAUGAGUUAUUUCAUAGUUUUGAUGUCUUCACUAUUAUUCUACAAUGUAGAAAAUAGUAAAAAUAAAGAAAAACCCUUGAAUGAGUAGGUGUUCUAAAACAUUUGACCGGUAGUGUAUAGUUGGGUUGGGCCCUAGUUAUUUAGUUGGUGCGUUCACGUUAAAUCAUCAGUACUCAAAGAGGAGGUCCACACUCUCCGAUUUUAAAGGUUACGUUAAACAACUUUUUAUUUUAUAUAACCAUUCAACCAACCAUAUUAAGAAGGAUGGUUAAGAAAGGGACACUUUUGCAUCAGAGAGAGGGGUCUUUCACUUCUGCCAAACUGGUACAACUGGUAUGCAAAAGGAAGACAGUAGGCAGAACUUGAGGCCCUUACAUAUAUUGGUGUCCAGGGACAGUGAAUCUUGGGGUAGAGGUUAACUGGUUAUAAGUUGUUGCAUUGACUUUUAUAGGUAGAAAGUCUUGGCAUAGUGAUUCACGGCUUAAUUUAGUGUUUUAGGCUGGGUUAUGAGCCUCGGGUGUACAAAUUGUAGACCAUAAACCCUGCACAGAUGGGAGGGGUCUCUCAUAAAGUCACCAGAGGGGUAUACUACAAAUCAGGAUUAAUAAAUUAGCCAGCUAACUUGCCUUAAUAUUCUGAAAUAACCUUUUAAGAUUUGGAAAGAUAAGAUUGAAAUGGACAUGGUCUAAUUGACUCAACAACAAAAAACACAUCUAAGUUCAGCUUUCAGAAAUCAAUCUAUAGUUGUUUCUGGUUGUUUAUCAAAUUAGCUCAUUGAUCCUACUUUGUCGUAUACCCCUCAUGUUGCGCAACCAUAUUGCUUCCACCUUACAGAUUGAGGGGUUAGGGCCAAUGGCGACAGCUAGUUUUAUUGGGGUCCGACACAUAACAAAAAAUACAUUACAGACAAAAUACUUUACAAUUUACGUACAUUUAAAAACAUUGACAUGUAGUGUGUAUGUGUGUUUGCAUCAGUUACACAUACGUGUCAGCACAUACACACAACAAGUAGGUAACAUGGGGGAGAGGCGUUGUGCCAAGAGGUGUUGCUUUAUUUGUUUUUUUUAAACCAGGUUUGCUGUUCACCUGCACUAUGAGAUAGAAGGGAUCAUGGCUAUCAUGGCUCUGUAUAAUACUAUCCAUGCUAUCAUGGCUCUGUAUAAUACUGUAUGUUUCCUUGAAUUUUGUCAGUGCUGUGUGUAAAUUGACUAUGCAAACAAUUAAUGUUUCUUAUAAAAACAAGAAGCGAUGCAAUCAGUAUUUCCUCAACUAUUAGCCGAGAGAGACUGUCAUGCAUAUUAUUGAUAUUAGCCCUCUGAUUACAAUGAAGAGCAAAAUGUGCCGCUCUGUUCUGGGCCAGCUGCAGCUUAACUAGGUCCUUCUUUGCAGUAAUCAAGAUAAGAUACAACUAGAGCCUGCAGUACUUGCUUUGUGGAGUGUGGUGUCAAAAAGCAGAGCAUCUCUUUAUCACAGACAUACCUCUCCCCAUCUUUACAACCGUUGAAUCAAUAUGUUUUGACCAUGACAGUUUACAAUCUAUUCAGCUGAGGUCUACAACUUAAGUAAUGAUUUAUACAAUUCUUAGUUUUAGAGAUGUUCAGGACCAGUUUAUUACCGGCCACCCAUUAUAAAACUGACUGCAACUCUUUGUUUAGGGUUGACGUGAUUUCACUAGCUGUGGUUGAAUUAUCAGCAUACAUGGACACACAGGCUUUGUUUAAUGCCAGUGACAGGUCAUUGGUAAAAAUUGAAAAGAGUAGAGGGCCAAGAGAACUGCCCUGCGAUACAUAACACUUUACAUACAUUUACAUUUUAGUCAUUUAGCAGACGCUCUUAUCCAGAGCGACUUACAGUUAGUGAGUGCAUACAUUUUCAUACUGGCACUAAACACCUGAUUCCACUCAGACCCAGUUACAAUGGCUUGAUAAUGAGUUGAUUAUUUGAAUCAGGUGUGUAGUGUUAGGGGAAAAAACGAAAAUGGGUCCCCAGGACUAGGAUUAAGAAAUACUGGGUUAAGGUUGCAACAAUAUAAUGGUAGAGAAGGUGCUGUGGUCCCAUUUACAUUAAAUACUGUAUUUAACAAUGCACUUUCAAUCAAUCUCAAGUUAGUCAUCAUGUUUAACAUUUGUUUAACAUUUGGGAAGCUUCUAUUAAAGAAAACCCUCUGUGUUCUGUUAGAUAGAUGGCUCUAAAUCCACGGUAUGGCAGAGGUUGAAAAGCCAUAACACAUACGUUUUUUCAACAGGUUAUUGUCAAUAAUAUCAAUGGCUGCACUGAAAUCUAACAGUACAGCUCCCACAAUCUGCUUAUUCAUUUCUUCCAACCAAUCAUCAGACAUUUGUGUCAGUGCAGUACAUGUUGGAGUGCCCUUCUCUAUAAGCAUGCUGUAAGUCUGUUGUUAAUUUGUUUACUGAGAAAUACAGUGAGCUGAAAUUGAAAUUAUACAAUGACUGAGGUUAAAUUGCAGACUGUCAGCUUUAAUUUGAGGGUAUUUUUUUAUCCAUAUCUUCUGAACCACUUAGAAAUUACAUCACUUCUUUCUACAUAGUAGUCCCCCCCCCCCCCAUUUUACGGGACCAAAAGUAUUGGUACAAAUUCACUUAUGUGUAUUCAAGUAGUCAAAAGUUUAGGAUUUGGUCCCAUAUUCCUAGCACGCAAUGAUUACAUCAAGCUUGUGACUCUACAUACUUGUUGAAUGCAUUUGCUGUUUGUUUUGGUUGUGUUUCAAAUUAUUUUGUGCCCAAUAGAAAUGAAUGGUAAAUAAUGUAUUGUGUCAUUUUGGAGUCACUUUUAUUGUAAAGAAGAAUAGAAUAUGUUUCUAAACACUUCUAUAUGAAUGUGGAUGCUAACAUGAUUACGGCUAGUGAGAAAGUUACAGAACUUUCAUAGUAGCAUCCACAUUGCCAAGAGUGUGCAAAGCUGUCAUCAAGGCUAAGGGUGGCUACUUAGAAGAAUCUCAAAUAUAAAAUGUUUUGAUUUAUUUAAUACUUUUUUGGUUACUACAUGAUUCCAUAUGUGUUAUUUCAUAGUUUUGAUGUCUUCACUAUUAUUCUACAAUGUAGAAAAUAGUAAAAAUAAAGAAACCCUUGAAUGAGUAGGUGUCCAAACUGUGUGUGUGUGUGUGUGUGUGUGUGUAUAUGUAUGUAUGUAUGUAUGUAUGUAUGUAUGUAUGUAUGUAUGUAUGUAUGUACAGUGCUAUGAAAAAGUAUUUGCCCCCUUUCUAAUGUUCUCUACUUUUGCAUAUUUGUGAUGCUGAAUGUUAUCAGAUCUUCAACCAAAACCUAACAUUAGAUAAAGGGAAGCCCACUCUUCCAUGCAGAACUGCAUCUGGUCUGAUGAAACAAAAAUAGAACUGUUUGCCCAUAAUGACCAUCGUUAUGUUUGGAGGAAAAAGGGGGAACUUGCAAGCCGAAGAACACCAUCCCAACCGUGAAGCACGGGGGUUGCAGCAUCAUGCUGUGGGGGUGCUUUGCUGCAGGAGGGACUGGUGCACUUCACAAAGUAGAUAGCAUCAUGAGGAAGGAAAAUUAUGUGGAUAUAUUGAAGCAACAUCUCAAGACAUCAGUCAGGAAGUUAAAGAUUGGUCGCAAAUGGGUCUUCCAAAUGGACAAUGACCCCAAGCAUACUUCCAAAGUUGUGGCAAAAUGGCUUAAGGACAACAAAGUCAAGGUAUUGGAGUGGCCAUCACAAAGCCCUGACCUCAAUCCUAUAGAACAUUUGUGGGCAGUACUGAAAAAGCGUGUGCGAGCAAGGAGGCCUACAAACCUGACUCAUUACACCAGCUCUGUCAGGAGGAAUGGUCCAAAAUUCACCCAACUUAUUGUGGGAAGCUUGUGGAAGGCUACCCGAAACGUUUGACCUAAGUUAAACAAUUUAAAGACAAUGCUACCAAAUACUAAUUGAGUGUAUGUAAACUUCUGACCCACUGGGAAUGUGAUGAAAGAAGCAAAAGCUGAAAUAAUAUUAUUCUGACAUUUCACAUUCUUAAAAUAAAGUGGUGAUCCUAACUGACCUAAGACAGGGAGUUUUUACUAGGUUUAAAUGUUAGGAAUUGUGAAAAACUGAGUUUAAAUGUAUUUGGCUAAGGUGUAUGUAAACUUCCGACUUCAACUGAACUACAUACAUACAGGGGCGCAGCCAUGGGAGGGCAUUGGCCCACCCACUUAGGAGCCAGGCCCACCCACUGGGAAGCCAGGCCCAGCCAAUUAGAUGUUUUUUUCCAGUAUUUUCCAGUCAGUAUUCCAAUUGCAAAUGCUCAAUAACAGGGAUGUAAACAAAUUUGUGCACAAAAUUUGAGAGAAAUAAGCAUUUUGUGCGUAUGAAACAUUUCUGGGAUCUUUUAUUUUAGCUCAUGAAACAUGGGACCAACACUUAACAUGUUGCGUAUUUUUGUUCAGUAUAGAUUACUCUUUUUGCUUUGUAAAGGCCUUUUUCACUGGAACUUUUGCUAUGCCUGCCUUUUUUCCUGGUGAAUUCUAUUGACUCUUUUGUAAGGGGGACCAUGCAUCCAUACUCUCAUCUAGGACCUGAUAUCCCAAUAUCCAAACUAAGUGGCUGACUGUCCUGUCUUUCAGAAAUACAACGCUGACUAUGACCUCUCAGCCAAGGAAGGGGCAGACACUCUGGCCUUUGUGUCACUACUGGAGGAGAAACUGCUGCCCGCAUUGGUGAGAUAACUUCUGCAUGUGGAGAGGGCGAGGGAGGGCGGGAGGAAAGAGAUGACAGUUAGAUUGUUUUUCUCUGUUCACAUACCAUGUAGAACAGAGAAACAGAAAGGGAAAGUGAGAAGCGAAAGAGGGGGUGAAGGGUGGAUAUGGUUUAGCAGAUCAGGGUAAAGCAGGGGCAUGGAGUCAACACACAAAUAACCAUCCCCACAUCUUAACAUUCCCAUUAUCGCAUUUCUGCGGUGGUUGAUGAUGAUAAAAAAUAUCAACGUCUGUGUCAGGGGGAGGAGUCGGAGGAGGUACCCCUGUGGAAUCAGGAAUGCUUUCAAGUCAUUGAAAAGGGAAAAUCAAUUCUGUCUGACCCACUCCUAAUAAAAAUCACCUUUUUAAAUGCUUUCGCCUGGCAUGACAUUGAAUGGGCAAAGUUAAAUGCCAGGUUCUGUCUUGGUAAUGCAAUUGCUCUCUUAAUAUUACAAGAAAAGUAAGCUAUUGUGAAAUGCUUUAGAACGGUGAAAUAUUUAUUUCUACUCAGCUUAAGGUUGAAGGGAAAUCAGGCAUUCAUCGUCAAAGCGCUUGAAGCUUAAUUGAGCAUUGAAUAGCAGCGAUAGUACCCAGCUCUAUGGUAAUGUUCCAAUUUUCAUUCUAGCAUACCACUUAGUGUGCAGCAACGUAUCAGACAUGCAUUCUUAGUAGUAGGCUAGUAUGGACAUUGGAACAUGGCUCAGGGACAGUGAUGGAGAAAGACAGGCUUGCCUGUGUUUUCUGUUGGGGCCCUGUGGAGAAUAAUCCUAAAUUUAUCGUGCCCAACCUGUGCUGCAUUUCCUGUAUAAAAGUGUCUGGCUUCCUGUGUAAAAAAAAAAAAAAAAAGGUGAUAAUGAAACAGUCGACAGACUUUGUGUCUCUGGAGAUGCGUCUGGAAACAAGUGGAAGAGUCUCAAGUACCUUUGACGAUCCCUGGGGUGACCCCUUGCAUCUGCACUGAGCCCCUGGGAAUAGAGAAGCAGUGUGGCCUAACUAUUAGUGAAAUGGGACCCCAAGAUGGUCAGGUUAAAUACUGUUGUGCCCCUGGUUAAAUCGCAUGCAUUAUGUCAUCAAACAUCCAGAUUUCAAAAUUGGAGUCCUAGCCUAGCCAUUGAAGUUAUUUUCUACAAAAGGAUCAACUGUUUCCCAUAUUGGAAAGUCAGGGUGGUCCUGUCCUCUUAAUUCUAUCUGGUAUUGGGAGUUGACCUUUAGAUAACCUAUGGUGUUGACAGGGUUGGAACUACUGUGGAACAGGCACGUUUGUCCACCUUGAAAAAGUCACAGGUGUGUUUUGAAAAAAGGUGCAUUUGAUCUUCGUUGUUGUGUGUUGGAUCUAUAAAGUGCCUUUGAUCAUCAUUUAUUGUAUGUAGUUGCUCUAGCAGUACUGUGUGUCGCAAUCUAUGGCACCUGCCUCUUCUAUUCCCCUCCAUCCAUUUACCUUCAGAAAGUAUUCAUACCUCUUGACUUAUUCCACAUUUUGUUGUGUUACAGCCUGAAUUCAAAAUUGAUUAAAUAUAUUUUUCUACACACAAUAACCCAUAAUGACAGUGAAAACAUGUUUUUAGAAAUGUUUGCGCAUUUAUUGAAAAUGAAAUACAGAAAGACACUACAUGACCAAAAGUAUGUGGACACCUGCUCAUUGAACAACUAAUUCCAAAGUCAUGGGCAUUAAUAUGGAGUUGGUUCCCCCUUUGCUGCUAUAACAGCCUCCACUCUUUUGGGAAGGCUUUCCACUAGAUGUUGGAACAUUGCUGCGGGGACUUGCUUCCAUUCAGCCACGAACAUUAGUGGGGUCGUCACUGAUGUUGGGUGAUUAGGCCUGGCUUACAGUCAACGAUCCAAUUCAUCUCAAAGGUGUUCGAUGAGGUUGAGGUCAGGGCUCUGUGCAGGCCAGUCAAGUUCUUCCACACCGAUCUCGACAAACCAUUUCUGUAUGGCCGUCGCUUUGUGCAUGGGGGCAUUGUCAUACUGUAACAGGAAAGGGCCUUCCCCGAACUGUUGCCACAAAGUUGGAAGCACAGAAUCGUCUAGAAUGUCAUUGUAUGCUGUAGCGUUAAAAUGUCCCUUCACUGGAACUAAGGAGCCUAGCCCGAACCAUGAAAAACAGCCCCAGACCAUUUAUUCCACCUCCACUAAACUUUACAGUUGGCACUAUGCAUUCGGGCAGGUAGUGUUCUCCUGGCAUCUGCCAAUGCCAGAUUCGUCCGUCGGACUGCCAGAAGGUGAAGCGUGAUUCAUUACUCCAGAGAUUGCAUUUCCGCUGCUUGGCGGCAAGCUUUACACCACUCCAGCCGACGCUAGGCUUUGCACAUGGUCAUCCUAGGCUUGUGUGCGGUAGCUCGGCCAUGGAAACACAUUUCAUGAAGCUCCUGACAAACAGUUAUUGUGCUGAUGUUGCUUCCAUAGGCAGUUUGGCACUCGGUAGUGAGUGUUGCAACCGAGGACAGACAAUUUUUAUGCGCUACGCGCUUCAGCACUCGCCGGUCCUGUUCUGUGAGCUUGUGUGGCCUACCACUUCGCGGCUGAGCUGUUGUUGCUCCUAGUCGUUUCCACUUCACAAUAACAACACUUACAGUUGAGCGGGGCAGCUUUAGCAGGGCAGAAAUCUGACAAAGUGAUUUGUUGGAAAGGUGGCAUGAAAUUACGGUGCCACAUUUAAAGUCACUGAGCUCUUCAGUAAGGCCAUUCUACAGCCAGUGUUUGUCUAUGGAGAUUGCAUGGCUGCCUGUCAGCAACGGGUGUGGCUGAAAUAGCAGAAUCCACUAAUUUGAAGGGGUGUCCACAUACUUUUGUAUAUACAGUGCUUUCGGAAAGUAUUGACCCCUUCACUUUUUCCACAUUUUAUGUUACAGCCUUAUUCUAAAAUUGAUUAAAUCAGGUUUUUUCCUCAUGAAUCUACACACAAUACCCGAUAAUGACAAAGCAAAAACAGGUUUUUAGAAAUUUUGCAAAUUAAAACUGAUAUCACAUUUUCAUAAGUAUUCAGACCUUUACUCAGUACUUUGUUGAAGCACCUUUGGCAGCGAUUACAGCCUCAAGUCUUCUUGGGUAGGACGCUACAAGCUUGGCACACCUGUAUUUGGGGAGUUUCUCCCAUUUUUCUCUGCAGAUCCUCUCAAGCUCUGUCAGGUUGGAUGGGGAGCGUCGCUGCACAGCUAUUCUCAGGUCUCUCCAGAAAUGUUUGUUUGGGCUAAAGUCCGGAAUCUGGCUGGGCCACUCAAGGACAUUGAGAUUUGUCCCGAAGCCAAUCCUGUUUUGUCUUGGCUGUGUGCUUAUCGGUUUUUGUCCUGUUGGAAGGUGAACCUUCGCCCUAGUCUGAGGUCCUGAGCACUCUGGAGCAGGUUUUCAUCAAGGAUCUCUCUCUACUUUGCUCCGUUCAUCUUUCCCCCGAUCCUGACUAGUCUCCCAGUCCCUGCUGCUGAAAAACAUCCCCACAGCAUGAUGCUGCCGCCGCCAUGCUUCACCGUAGGGAUGGUGCCAGGUUUCCUCCAGAUGUGACACUUGGCAUUCAGGCCAAAGAGUUCAAUCUUGGUUCCAGUGAAUCUUGUUUCUCAUGGUCUGAGAGUCCUUUAGGUGCCUUUUGGCAAACUCCAAGCGGGCUGUCGUGCCUUUUACUGAGGAGCGGCUUCCGUCUGGCCACGCUACCAUAAAGGCUUGAUUGGUGGAGUGCUGCAGAGAUGGUUCUCCCAUCUCUACAGAGGAACUCUGGAGCUCUGUCAGAGUGACCAUCGGGUUCUUGGUCACCUCCCUGACCAAGGCCCUUCUCCCCCGAUUGCUCAGUUUGGCCGGGCUGCUAGCUCUAGGAAGGUGGUUCCAAACUUCUUCCAUUUAAGAAUGAUGGCCACUGUGUUCUUGGGGACCUUCAAUGCUAGAGACAUUUUUGGUACCCUUCCCCAGAUCUGUGCCUCGACACAUUCCUGUCUUGGAGCUCUACGGACAGUUUCUUCGACCUCUUGGCUUGGUUUUUGCUCUGACAUGCACUGUCAACUGUGGGACGUCAUCUAGACAGUUGUGUGCCUUUCCAAAUAAUGUCCAAUGAAUUGAAUUUACCACAGGUGGACUCCAAGUUGUAGACACAUCAAGGAUGAUCAAUGGAAACAGGAUGAACCUGAGCUCAAUUUUGAGUCUAAUAGCAAAGGGUCUGAAUACUUAUUUAAGGUAUUUCUGUUUUUUAUUUUUAAUAAAUUUGCAAACAUUUCUAAAAAUAUUUUUUUGCUCUUUCAUUAUGGGGUAUUGUGUGUAGAUAGUUUUUUUCCCCCCUCAUCAAUCUCAUCCGGUUUAGAAUAAGGCAGUAACGUACCACCAUGUGGGAAAAAAGUCAAGGGGUCUGAAUACUGAGUCAAUAGAUGUUAGAAUCACCUUUGGCAGUGAUUUAAAGCUGUGAGUCUUUCUGGGUAUGUCUCUAAGAGCUUUGCACACCUGAAUGGUCAACAUUUGCCCAUUUUUAUUAUUUUCCAAAUUAUUUUAUCGAAUUGGUUGUUGAUCAUUGCUAGACAACCAUUUAAGUCUUGCCAAAGAUUUAAGCAGAUUUAUGUCAAAACUGUAACUUGACCACUCACUGUCUUCUUGGUAGGCAACUCCAGUGUAGAUUUGACCUUGUGUUUUAGGUUAUUGUCCUGCUGAAAGGUGAAUUCGUCUCCAGGUGUCUGGUGGAAAGCAGACUGAACCAGGUUGUACUCUAGGAUUUUGUCUGUGCUUAGCUCCAUUCCGUUUCUUUUUUUAUCCUGAAAAACCAGUCCUUAAUGAUUACAAGCAUCACCAUAACAUGAUGCAGCCAUCACUAAGCUUGAAAAUAUGGAAAGUGGUGCUCAGUAAUGUGUUGUCUUGGAUUUGCCCCAAACAUAACACUGAUACGCAAAACGAUGCCGGAUUCAAAACUUAGAAUAUUUCAAUUUAAAUUAUUAUACAAAAUUCUUGCUACCAAUAGAAUGUUAUUUAUAUGGGGAUUCCCAGCUCUGCAGAUUUUGCUGCGAAGAGACAAUCAUUAGAUAAUUUGUUUUGGUACUGUCCAUUUGUAGCUUGUUUUUGGUCACAGUUCCAGGAAUGGCUGAAGGAUUGCAAUAUUUACCUGGAGCUAACCCUGCAGAUAGCACUACUGGGUGAUCUGAAAAGUCAUAGUCAAUCGAUCAAUAAUAUAAUAAUACUUUUAGCCAAAAUGUUUAUUUUCAAUUUACAAUAUGUAGAAACAAUAAGAAUAGAAGGGUUCAGAACUUUUGUGAAACAUCACAGUACAGUUGAAAAAUAUGGCAAAUAGAAAUCCAAUAUGGAUGGUGUUGAGAGAUAGAUGGGAGGUGUUGAAUGGAGCUGAAGGAUGGGACUAAUAACAACAAACAAUAACAAGAUAACUAAUGCAAAGCAUACUGUGUCCAUAAUAAGUACAGUGAGGGGGAAAAAGUAUUUGAUCCCCUGCUGGUUUUGUAUGUUUGCCCACUGACAAAGACAUGAUCAGUCUAUAAUUUUAAUGGUAGGUUUAUUUGAACAGUGAGAAACAGAAUAACAACAAAAAAAUCCAGAAAAACACAUGUCAAAAAUUUUAUAAAUUGAUUUGCAUUUUAAUGAGGGAAAUAAGUAUUUGACCCCUCUGCAAAACAUGACUUAGUACUUGGUGGCAAAACCCUUGUUGGCAAUCACAGAGACAAUGUGAUCUUCUGGAAUUUCUUUUCUCAUUUUGUCUGUCAUAGUUGACGUGUACCUAUGAUGAAAAUUACAGGCCUCUCUCAUCUUUUUAAGUGGGAGAACUUGCACAAUUGGUGGCUGACUAAAUACUUUUUUCCCCACUGUAUGUAUCUAUCUAUAUUUGCAGGGAAAAAAACAUAUGGGGGAUUGGAAGUGACAAUUACAUUGAUGGAAGUUAAAAUCUAUCUGCAAUAUUAAAGCUGAUCUACCCCCUAAACAUUUUUAAAAAACAUAACACUUUUUAUUCAGGACAAAGUUAAUUGCUUUGCCACAUUUAUUGCAGUAUUACUUUAGUGCCUUGUUGAAAACAUGUUUUGGAAUAUUUUUAUUCUGUGCAGGCUUCCUUCUUUUCAGUCUGUCAGUUAGGUUAGUAUUGUGGAGUAACUACAAUGUUGUUUUAUCCUCAGUUUUCUCCUAUCACAGCCAUUAAACUGUGUAACUGUUUUAAAGUCACCAUUGGCCUCAUGGUGAAAUCCCUGAGCAUAUUCCCUCCUCCGGCAACUGAAUUAGGAAGGACGCCUGUAUCUUUUGUAGUGACUGGGUGUGUUGAUACACCAUCCAAAGUGUAAUUAAUAACUUCACCAUGCUCAAAGGGAUAUUCAAUGUCAGCUUUUUUUAUUUGUACCCAUCUACCAAUAGGUGACCUUCUUUGCGAGGCAUUGGAAAAGGGGUUGAAUACUUAUUGACUCAAGACAUUUCAGCUUUUCAUUGUUCAUUCAUUUGUAAAAAUGUCGAAAAACCUAAUUCCUCUUUGACUGUGGGCUAUUGUGUGUGUGUGUGUAGGCCAGUGACAACAAAAUCUCAAUGCAUUUUAAAUUCAGGCGGUAACACAACAAAAUGUGGAAGAAGUCAAGGGGUAUGAAUACUUUCUGAAGGCACCGUAUGUGUCUGUCCCUGCCUUUAUCGCAGUCUCUCUCCAUCUCCCUCCUCAGAUCUACACCCAUUGGGUGGACUCAAAAAACUAUGUGGACGUGACGCGGCGCUGGUACGCCGAGAAUAUCCCCUUCCCACUCAACUUCCUGCUGCCCAACCGCAUUCACAACCAGCAACUGGAGAGGCUGAGGCUGGUGAGGGGGGACUCCACACUGGAGCCCGGGGAGCAGCUGGAGAAGGAGGUGAGGGUGAGGAGACAUUAUGGGAGAAGAUACAAGUGUGAAUUGACACAAUGGGAUUCGGCAAAUGGGCAGGUGGAGGGAGGAGAUGGAAGGUGAAGAAGAGGAGGGUACAAAGAAGAAGAGAAGAGGGGAACAAAGAGUUUACAUAAUUAAGACAGUGAGAAUGAAGAGAUGGAGGAGAGCGAUGAAAGAGGGUAUUGAGAAGCACAGAGAAAUUAGGUGAAAAAUGAGUUGCACCGCAGGGGCAGAAAUUAGAUGUGAAAGGAUAGGGGUUAUACGGUCAAGUCUAUGGAAGGACUAUUAUCAUUGAAAAUGGCAGCUAGCUAUUACUAGAGAGAGACCCUUGUAAUGGCACUUUGGUACACUGACGUGGAGAGGGUAGUUCAUAGUAAUUUAAUAACCCCAAGAAGCCAAAACAGUCUGUUUUCACAACGUGGUAAUUGGGUGAGGCGGUUCAUCUCCAUGGUGAAGGGGUAUUGUUUUCAAAGUCCCCCCCUAAAAAUGUUUUUAUGCUAUACUUUAUGCACAACGUGCUUUGACUCUGUUUGUAACUCGGGGAUGGGCAACUCCAGUCUUCGGCGGUAACCGGAGUUGCCCAUCCCUGGUUUAACUGUACACAACAAUGUUCUGGCUUCGUUGAAGGAUGGUUCAUAAAUAAGCCCCAUGGGCACUUGCUCGCUGACAACCUUUUUCAUGAAUGCAGAUACAGCUGUUCAGGCUGUGAAUGCCUUUGUGUGUCCAUGCUGAUGGUUGUCUGGGGGCUUUUCAUCUCCACAGCUCUACCAUGAUGCGUUGGAGUGCAUGACCCUGCUCUCUCAACGCCUGGGCUCACACAAGUUCUUCUUUGGGGAUUCGUAAGUGGCUGCUGUGUGCAAACUGCAAAAUGCAAACAAAUUGCAUGUAUAACACGUUUGCCACACUGUCUUUCAUAUGAGUGUGUGUGUACUGUCGUGAUGAAGCCCCUUUGUGCAUUGUCUCCCCAGCCCAUCCUCUUUGGAUGCCUAUGUGUUCGGUCACCUAGCCCCCCUGCUGAAGGUGAAGCUGCCCAAUGGGAAACUCCAGCAACACCUCAACUCCCUGGACAACCUGCGGCACUACUGCACCAACAUCCUCGUCCUCUAUUUCCCCUCAGAGGGCGGAGGUACGUUCCCUGGAGGAUUAUUUCCGGUCCUCGAGCAGUACCCCAAACCGUACACACAUUUGUUGUAGCACAGGACAAACACAUCUGAUUCAACUAGUCAAGUGGAUGACUGGGUGAUUCAGGUGUGCUUGUCUGUGGCUACAACAAAAAUGUGUACUGUUUGGGAUACUCGAGAACCAGAGUUGAGAAAUGCUGAUCUUGAGUGCCUAGUCUAGCAGUCUGAUACUCAAUUCCAAAACACUGAAAACUCUAACUGUAUUGAGAAUCAAUUGCAAAAAUGGGUUCUGUUAGGAUCCAGUGUGUGCAGAGACUUUGACUCUCAUCCCGUUUUGUCUUCUCUGUUUUAGAGCCACCCAUUCGCAAGGUGUCAGUCCAUUCGGACGGUAGUGACUUUGACAGCGAGCCCCAUAAACGACGCAAGCAAAUCCUGUCGGUACUGUUCGCCAUGGGUUCGAUGCUGGGCUACGCCAUUUUGAUGGGGAUCGUCAGCAUCCAGCACAUCCGACCGCAGGCAGCGCUAGUGGGACCCCGUCACAUCGAAGAGGGAGGCGAGGAGGAGGAGGAGGAAGAGAAAUGAGCAGUA